CCACACUGACACGGAUGUGGCUGCCUCACUGAACGCAGAUUUGUGCGAAGUGCGCUUAACCGACUGCAUCACUCACGGCUCUAAGCUCCAUUAUUAAGGAACUGUUUGGAGACAUCGUGCGUGAUGAGAGAAAGAGCAGAUGAAUUAGCGUGGAGAAAGGUAUUGACGCGAUGGACACCUGGAACCACCCCUGCGUGACAUGCCGAGAUUACCCCGUCCUGGGUCUUCCCUCGGGAAAGAGACGGGCGUGGUGUUACAGCAAAGUGUCUCCCCUGCGCCAGAGAGCCGUCAGCCUUGCCAAUUCAUGUCCGUGUUAGAUUGAAUGAACGUCUUAGUACCAAAUCUGGACUAAUCUUGCCUCAUGCUUCCGCUGUUGUCUGCAUUGCAGUAAACGAUCUAUUUAGUGAAAAUUUAUAUCAAGGUUCUAUAGCUAUCGUGUCAUCAAUUUGUAUUGUUUUAAAUGUGCUCGAAAACGUAAAGAUUCAUUUUUCUUUCAUCCUACCUAUGCCAUAAUUAAGAGAAAGUCCCCAACCAAACCAAGUAAAAAAAGAAAAGAAAAAAAGACGCAUUCAGCACCAUUAUUAUACCACCCCUGCACACAAAUGGCACAUUCCCAACACGAAGAACACUUAGUACUGGUGGCAAUCCCGAAUAAAUUUUUGAUAUCAGUCAGUUUGCCUUCCUCUCAUAAAUAGUAAUUUUAGAAGUUGUCUUCUGUCAGAGUAUAUUUGCUUCAGCAUUACAAUUUGAUGCAAUUUUAACAGACGUUUCACGGCACGUCUGCUGAAAUAUGCCGGGCAUUAGCCAGCUCAUCACAGUUUACCUUAAAAGGUACCAGCGAGCGUGACAAAAGAGAUUCAGUGUGGUUUGGGGAAGAGAAAAAUGAUUAUUGUUGAGAUGUAAAUCAGCGUAAUGAUGCCGUUUGUAUGCGUGCAGAUUGCAAUAAUAGAAUGUCUUGGUCGAAACAGGAGUUUCCACAACAAAUAGACAACUUGACUGAGGAAUUGAGGAACCUGUCACAGAUUCGUUUGAUAAACGAGGUUUAUCUCUUCAGAGACACCCCCCUUUAGAAACAAAUUAAAUACUUGAAAAUCGGGGAACGCUGAUCGUUAUCCAAAAUAAUAAUACAAAGGUCGCUCGACCAGACAUAUAGCAUUUUGGAUUUAAGACUUCCUGGUACAUGCAUGCCUUGUGCACAGUGGAGACCAGAAGUAUACGGAAUGCAGUGGGGUGGAAUGCGUGCGAGGUAAAAUCUGGCAGACCUUUCCUUCUGUAUACCUGUUUCUGAAGGUAGAAAUAUUGAGAUGUGUCCGAUUUUCAGUCUUCUGCGAAGUGAGCAGUUCAGUUGAAUAUCGUGGUGAGGCAUACUCCGUUUAAUUGUGAGCCUCUAGUUGGCACCGUGCAGAUGUUGUUUGUUUGUGUGGCUGUGAAGAGGACACCGUACCUCGGCGUGUCGACAAAUGUGCUUAGGUUGUCUUGAAGUUGAUCCGAUUCCGGUUGUCUGCGGUACAUCUUCAUGUCUCCUGCUGGCAGCAAACUGGCUUGUUCCUUGCUACAGCCACGUGACAUGUUCGCGCACGCCACGAAGGUAUCUUGGCUCCUGUGUAUAUUGACAAUCCACGACUUGCUGUAGUUUACCUGUCAAACCAGGGAGCCUGUCACCAUGGAGGCAGUUUUCACUACCAAUCUGCCUGUCUCACCGCCCGUCGAAUUCAGUUGGACUUGGCAAAACAUCUGCAAGCUGAUUCUGGGAUUGCUCGGCAUUUGCGGCAACUCGCUGGUCAUUGCCGCCUACUGCGGCAAAAAGAAGCAGAAGAACUCCACCAACGUACUGAUCCUGGCGCUGGCCUGCGCCGACCUGAUCAGCUCCGUCAACUUCAUCCCCCUGCCCGUCCUGCGACGCGUGCCCAUGAACAUCUGGGGAGAGCUCUACUGUCGUCUGAUCUUCUCCCAGCCCCUCCUUUGGAUCUCCAUCGAGGCCUCCGUUUACACCUUGACCCUCCUGUCAGUGGAGCGGUACCUGGCCGUGGUGCACCCGAUCCGCUACCGUAACCUCUUCACCAAGUCCUGGCCCAAGCGCUUCGUCUGGAUCAUCUGGAUCUUCGCCGUCGGCGUCAAGUCCUUCAACUUCUACAAUACGGAGAUCAAGGAGGGCACCGGCUGUGACUACAUCAGCUUCCCUAAGGGCUUCAACCUGCUCGUCGCCGUGGGCGUGGCCCUCGUUGAGUACUUCGUCCCCAUCGUCGUCAUGAUCACCUGCAACGGUCUCACUGUCAAGGCCUUGAGGUCCCAGGCAAGCAACCUGCAAGGCCACAGAGGUGGCAGCAACGCCCCAGAGAGCGGUCCCGCCCUCUCGGUCCUCAAGACCCGGCGGAGGAUCAUCCACAUCGUCCUGAUAGUCAUUAUCACCUUCAUCAUCUGCUGGACUCCGGACCAAAUCUCUCUACUCCUCAUGAACCUGGACGUCCUUUCCUUCGAUCACUUCGACAGCAAUGCCCACCAGGCCUUUAUCAUUUUGGCCUUCUUCAACAGCUGCGUCAAUCCCAUCAUUUACACCUUUAAGAACAAGCAGUUCCGGACCUCGGUGGUCAGACUGUUCUGUCGUCAGUACGGCGCGGUGAGCGACUCGUCCAUGGUCACCGACUUGGGACCGACAGCCGUGGCCGGCGGUAGCAACCCGCUCAACACCGUCAGCAAAAGGACAACAGUCACCACGGUGAAAACCAUGGACAAGGGUGGGGCGAUGUCGAUAGGAGUUCACUCGAUUAAUAGCGCUGAGGAAGCUUACUAACGCAGUCUACGGGUAUUACGUUCAACACACUCAGUGAACAGAAGUUGCCCCUACUGCCCUGGGAUUGCACAUUUAUUAAACUUCAUGGCGGUAUCAGUUCUUUAUCUGGAUUGGAAGCGAGCUGCUAGAUCCUUCCAUUGCACCAUACCCAACACAAAACAAGUUCUAUCAACUCAUUCCAUAUACCAACAUUAAUCGUUAUAUUCUCUGUGGGUUGGAGCCACCUCCUAUGCUUUCCUCUUGGCCGAGUGGUUACCUAAGUAGCAAAUUCUCUUCGGAGAAAAGACAAGGCGAAUGAUUUCAGCUGCGAAUUUUUUUGUCUCCGACACUAAGGUGUUUCAGUUCACCCGAUCAAACUACCCACUGCUGUUAACAAGCGAGGAUUUUACGGUACGAACUGUUAAAAGCUUGUCCGUUGUCUCUUAUCGUAUUAUGUGAUACACAUGCCACGUUAAUCAUCCAGACUUACCGACAUUGACAGCACGCUUUGGAGUAAAUGCCUUUUCCUUACAAUGAAAAAUUAAAGUUACAAAUUUGGCAGGAAAUUGUAUGAUCUUCCAAAACUGGGCUUUUUGUGACAGUAAACAAACUCUCACAAAAUGGAUCAUGGAAAAAUCACUCCAGACAAAAAUCGAGACCCCAAACUGAGCCUACGGGAUUUUAAGUGUCGGAUGACUAUAGUGGCAGAUGUAAGAAAUUGUUGAUAUAGGCCUGCGAGACCGCUUCUGUGAGAUAAGAACAGAUUCAGAAUUCAACCUCACACCCCGAGGGAUCGUACCACCCGAAACACUUCGUGGCUAGAAUGCUUAAGCAUAUAAACCGGAUCUCAAGCUGAUAUGUCACCCGAUCUGGUCUUGCCUGUGCAUAAUUCAGCGUUGUCCAGCAUAGGCGUACAGUGUUAUGGAAAGUACCUAUUAAAACUACUGCUAGGGCUAAUGUCACGAUGGAGAAAUUGACAAUUUAGCGACUUUAUGGUUUGAUGCCGCACCUGGCAUUUUGUUCAGUGCAUCCAACGACGGGGACGGUACUGGUCUUGAGUCACGCACUUGGUUUUGAUUAAACCUCGGCUUGAGUCGCCCCGUUAUCGCAUCGAAUUUCCGCUCUAACAUCAGUGCGUGCUCGCACAAAAUGAAGUCUUCGUCGGCGGAGUCGUCAACCCUCGGCCGGUUGCCCACCCUCCUGUGCAAACGGUGCCUCGAGACUGAGACUGGUAUCAACGUCAACCAGCGAGUCACACUGCGAGUCGAUGGUUGCGGGAAGAGCGAAAAGAAACUACCGCUGAGAAUCAUCCCAAGGGCAGAUGUAAUGUAAUCACUGGGAUAUCACGAGCGGUUCUUGCCCCUCACGUCAGUGUUUCUAGGGGAAGCGAACUUGAUAACAUCUUUCUUUUGCUCAGUGAGGUCAUCGCAUCGUGCCACGGGGCACAACUUGACUGUUAUUAACAUCUUCACGCUGGCCAAUUUGGCCAGCACUCUGUGAAUAAACGUUGAUGUUCAGAGUGUUUACCACGCACAGUUUACAGCUGUCGUUGUUUUCUUUUUCUCUCUAUUUUCGUAAUUUAAGAAUCAUAUCUUUGGUAUUCCUGUCGCUUUGUAUAAAUUGUCCAUAGGGCUUAGGCUGUGUUCAUGAAAACUUGGAGCUCGAGGGUUCAAAUCUCUCUAAACGAUGCACCAUAACUUGUCACUUCACACACCCACUGCAGAUAGUAUUUAGACAGUGGCGAUGACCGUGAAAGGUCAACAAAAAAGGUGCAACCAACUGGCUCCUUGCAUAAGUCCAUUUCCCCACCGGUGAACAGAAAAGAGGCAGGGGGAGGAGAGAGACCCCCGAACGCCACCCAUGAGUUGAGUUGUGUAUAAUCUUGAAGCCGCUGCCCAGUGAUUCGGGCGCGGCCUGACAUAAAAAAAGCUCCCUCUUUUGUCCACUCACAGAGCCCAUUCCAUCAUCCAUGAACUGACACUAGCGACCAACAGAGGGCGAUGUUAGUGUACUUAGGUAACGCCACGCCACCUUCCCCUGUCCUCCCGUAUUCACUGUUCCCAAUAGCAGACGUUAUAAAUACGCCCCGUCCAAGUAAACGUGCGGUUGGAUGUGGUAAAUGCUGCACAACUUGAUCAAAUUAGGCGUGGGUAAUUUUAGCUGUAACCACGCACGCCAACACGAGAUUGAACGGUAACCAAAUAGUGCCGUUGGUAAUGGACGGAAAUGAUAUCAGCUAGCCCGAUGAUUUGUUGGUUUUCGAUCACAGAGAAUGUAUUCAAUUAAAUUAACUACUCGGGAGUCACCUGG